CGCAGAGAAUCACACCUCAUUUGGUUGCCGACGAGAUAUCGGUCAGCUUACCGUACGUACGGCAUAAACAGAGUACGAGUACGAGUACGAGUACGAGUACCGGACGUCGUGUGACACGCAUUGACACGCAAUCGCUCACAACAUGGAUCUCUGACGACGAUUGAGAAAGAUCCCACCCGUUCUGUCCUGUUUCUUCCCUUCGACAGUGACGACUUCGAGAUUGCCAUACUUCGAGUGAAUGCACGAACGAGAAGACCUAAGUCCAUUUUCCACCAAAAUCUUCAAGAACGCCAUGAGACAAUCCACUUUGUAUUGCUGUAGUGUCCUUCUGUCUGCGGUUGGGACAGGCCCGGCGAUGGUCGAUGCCUUUGCGCCAGCCUUGCAAGAACAGUCGAACCCAAUACGGCUACAGGCCACAACAAAGGACAGCGAUUCGAUCGAUAUCGACCGACGAGGAGUUUUCCGGACAGCAGCGACGGCAGCGGUCGCAGCCAUAGCCGGUACGUCGAUAUCCCUGCCCGCCAAUGCGAACCAGGCCGAGGGCGUCAACCUACAGCAAUACGAGGAUUUCACGAAGGCCCCAGAGGGGUUUUCCUACCGCGACGUCAAUGUCGGAACCGGGGUUUCCCCCUCCAUUGGAGAUCGGGUGGUGUACGAAUGGAGCGGAUACACUAUUGGUUAUUUUGGUCGGCCCUUCGAGGCCAAGGGUGGUCCCCAGGGUGGGGCCUUCGACAAAAACCAGGAUUAUUCCCGAACCGUUCUGGGGAAAGGAGAGGUUGUCAAGGGAUUGGAGCUAGCUAUGCAGAGCAUGAAGGUUGGAGGCAUCCGGCAGAUUAUUGUUCCUUAUGGAGAAUUGGGCUAUCCGAGCACCAAGGAGGAUGCGUCCCACGACAAGAUUGGGCCAAAACCGACUACCUUCUCGGGGGAACGUGCACUUAAUUUCGUCCUCGACAACCCACGAGUGGAUCGAACUCUCCUAUUCAACGUCAAGAUGAUCCGGGUAGACAAGGCUGAUGGGAAAGGUGGAUUCACACGUGGUGAAAAGGCAUAGGUAGCUUCGCGCAUAUGCACUGUCACUCCUACGUCUUUUUUGUGGUGGUGAUUUGCGUUGUAUGAAUGGCUUGGCUCUUACUGCUACCAGCAGCAGCUGGCUCCAACAAGUGAUGGGCACUCAUACUACUAGAAGUACUCCCAGCAUAAGUAGCUAAUAAUUAUAGUAUGGCAAUACUUGUUGUUGGUACUGCGCAGAACACUAGUAUUGUACUACUAAUAUGUUUAUAUUCAAAAACAUUGGCGGUUGCUACUGCUAGUUUGGUUUAGUCUGGAAACAUUGAAGGUCUGCUUCUAUUGGUGUGGUCUGCUUCUAGCCAUUGUGGGGGAUAUGCGGGAUAGCAUUUGAAAAGAAAAUUAUUUUGGAUAUGGAUUCUUAAUUAAAACUUUUACAUGUG